AUGCAGGACCAGAAGACAGACAUCAACCAGCAGAUCCAGGAGCUGCGUACCAUCAUCUCCUUGCAAGAGCAAGGGAAGAAGCUUUUCAUGCAGUCAGCUGAGGAGAAGCUCAGUCAGAACAGAGACCUGCUCCCCUGCCUGCGUGGGACUGUACAAGAUGACAUCUGUGCCCUAGGCAUUGCUGAGAAGCAGGACCAGGUCAUCGUCUCUGAAGCUUGCAGAGGACAGAAGCAGUUGGGCUUCGUUUUGGCCAGAAGCACAGUAGAGAUGGCCCGGGAGAAGCUCCAGAAUGACAUCUUUGACCGGGUGAACGCGUGCAACAUGCUGCUGUAUGAGAUGAGGCAACGGGACAGAGCCCUGGAUGAGCUGCAGAGGCAGCUGCAGCAUCUGAUGGAGGCAGAAGCCGGUGACAAACAGCACCAGGCCCAGAUGCAGAUGGCCCGGGAGAAGCUCCAGAAUGACAUCUUUGACCGGGUGAACGCGUGCAACAUGCUGCUGUAUGAGAUGAGGCAACGGGACAGAGCCCUGGAUGAGCUGCAGAGGCAGCUGCAGCAUCUGAUGGAGGCAGAAGCCGGUGACAAACAGCACCAGGCCCAGAUGCAGGUGAUUCGCCAGCUGGAGAAUAACAUUGAGAAAACACUCAUGAAAGUCCGUACCGGCCAGAAUGUCACUACCCUCUACCUGGCACUGCGGGAUGUCCUGAAGAAGGAGCUGGCCCACCUGCCUUUGCAGCUGGAUGUCCUGCACCAGAUGGUCGAAGUGUACCAGGGGGAGCUGAAAGGCAUGGAGCUCAUGGCCUUGGAUGCCCUCAAAGCCAAUGAUGCAGCCAAGCAAGCCAAGGGUGAACUUGCUGUGGACUUCCCGUCCCUGAUCUCCCAGGAGUCGCUUUUGGGUACCAAACUGGAGGCUACCAAAUCCCAAAUUGAGUAUCAGGCCCGGGUGACAUCAGAAGUAGAGAAGGUCAAGUCUGCGGUGCAGUGCUCCCGUCUCUGGGACAUUGCUGGAAGGCUUCUGGCUCAGCAGAAGUCCACGGUAGACCUUCAGCAGCAUAUCAAGGAGUGUGAGGAGAAGAAGAAGGUAUUGAAGGACAAGUUGAAGGAGCUGGAGCUGAAACAGGCUGAGCUGAAAUUUCACCAACCCCCAAGCAUAAUCAGCUCUAGGAAGCUGGAGGAAGAGCUGAAGAUGAAUCUGCGGCAGGAAGAGGCCCGCCUUGAACAGGUGCAAGCCCAGAUGCUGAAGAACCAGGAGCUCCUGCUCAUGUUUGAAAAUGGCAUCGAUAACCUCUUCAUUCGCCUGUAUGGCAUCACUGUGCCUGAUCAGGACACUGUUGAGGCCAAGGACACGGAUGAGAAGCUGCAGCACUGUGAGAAGAAACUGCUGCACCUGGCACAGCUUGUGACCGACCUGCCUGCUCAGUACAGCCUGGAUGAGGACAAUGAGACUUUUGUGAAGGUCAGGAAUUUUCUGGAGAAAAUGACCAAGGAAGAGCCACAGAACCUGAAGAUUUCUUUGGAAGAUGAAGGCAGUGGUGUUCAAGAUGCCUUUGAUUUUGCUGACAAAGACCAUGGCCAUGUUCUCACCCGGGACGAGAUCAAGAAGCAGGGGCUGCGCUUCAUUGAAAGCAAGAUGAAAAGUGGCAAGAAGAAGCAGCAGUCGUUCCCUAAAAGCUUUUGA